AUGGAGACUAAUAAGAAGAAUUCUAAAUAUUAAAUUGCUUGGGGAAUCAAAACAUUUAAAUAUUUUCAUUUAUAAUUAAAUUUUAUUUCUGAAAUAAUGAAUAGUUCAUAUACAUAUGAUCCAAAAUAUAGCUACUAUAAAUCUGAAGUUUAUCCUUAAUUUGAUUAGUCGAUCACAAGUUAUGGGAUAGCAAAUUCUCAAAUACAAUAAGGAAGUAGCAGUAAGAUUUAAAUAAAAAAUAUUAUAGCUCGUUUAGCUACUUAUUCUACACAUGGUAGAAAUUUAUCAUAACCUUAACUAACAACAUCUCAAUCAUAAAGAGUUCCAGUUUAAUUUGUUUAAUAAUCAAUUGGUUAAUCAAUAAGACAACCAAUUGUUAGAUCUUCUUCUCCUUUAAAUUAAUAAAAAGUUUAUUAUACACAAUCUAUAUAACCAGUGUAUAGAUUAUAUAAUGAGCCUAUUUAAGUAGUUUAAUAAGCUCCUUAAGUGAAUGUUGGUAUAAAAUGUAGAUUAUAAAUAAGUGAGAGAGAUAGAGGAAGUACCUAUAAUACAUGAAGUGCAUCAUAUAAAUAGACCAAUAAAUGUAAUAGCAAUGGAUGAAAUAGAAGGGCCAUGGAAAAGUAAAUAGAUUCUUUUGGAGAAAUAAUUGAUUGAGUUGUAAUUGAUGUUGAAGCGUGGACCUUAAAAGAAGAAUGAAAUAAAAUAAGUAAUAGUAGAAGAUGAAGGGAGAAUUAGAUACUUAGAAUAAUAAAUUGAAAAAUUAAAGGGGAUUUUAAAUGAGAAUGAAGAAGAGAUAUAAAAUUUAGAGAGUUAGGUUGAUCAGGCAUAAUAUAAUCUAGAAAAUGCUGAAGAAGAAGCAAAUGGUUAAAUCGAGGAAUAAAAUAGAGAAUUAGCUAAAUGGAAGAAGAAAUUUUAAGAUCUUAAUAAACAAUAUCAUGAUAUAGAAGAAGAUAUAACAAUGACAGAAGCUUAAAUUGAGAGUAUAUAAAAGAGAAAAUUUUUAACAUAAACAAGUUCAUCUAUAAAAACUAGUUCGAAAGUAAAUUAAAUUAGAGAUAGUGGAUCUAGAAGAAGUAGUGUUAAAAAAAAUUAUUGA